AUGGACCACAGGAAGAUUGAGGUGGAGCGCGCCCACAAGACUGGAAAAACCUACCACCGACUCAGAGCCUUACCAUCCACCAGUCCCAGACAACCCAAUUGCACCUGUCAGGGAAGCGGAGUGUUUAUACUGAAAGAUCAUCUUCCAAAAGACCAGUAUGAUGACAUAGUCAAACGAAGAGCUGAGGAGUACAGGAAGCAUCAUAUCAGGACAAGCUCCAGUCUGAACAGGCUUAUAUUUGCUCCAUCCAACUCCCCUCUUCAGUAUCCAAUCCAGGGGUUCACUGUUGUCCCUCUUCGGAAGACAUUGAUACCAGGUUUAGCUCUCCAUGCAGCAAAAAGACAAAAUUACAAGGUGACUCUGAGUGUGUCCAGUGGUGUCCUGGCCAUCGAGGCCCUUGGAGAGGGGGACAAAGAGGGACAGGGAGAGAAAGAGAUCACUGUCCAGUCUACCAGCCUCUCUGACCUCAACAAUCUUCUGGGACAAAUUACCUACACCAGCACUGUGUACCGAAUGAGAACUGGAGAUCUGGCUCACUUCACGUUUGAACACCAUGAGGCUGUCUUCCCCAUUGUCAUCCAGCAGACAUCAGUGCCUGUUUUAUAUGACAUAGGAAAUGAUAUCAAUUACCGGGUGACCAUUGUCACCAAGACGUUUCUGAGAUACACCGAGCUGCAGGUCCUCAUCAGUAGCAUAAGGACCUAUUACAAGGACAUCAAAAUCAUCAUCGCCGACGACAGCCUGGAGCCACAGAAAGUGAACGGCUCCAACAUUGAGCAGUACAUCAUGCCCCCAGCACAGGGCUGGUUUGCUGGCAGGAACCUGGCUGUCUCUCAGGUCACUACCAAAUACUUCCUCUGGGUCGAUGACGACUUCCUGUUCACAGACCAAACCAAGAUUGAGAAUCUGGUGGAGGUGAUGGAGGCCACCCCAGAACUAGAUGUGGUGGGCGGCUCUGUGGCAGGCCAUGGCCAGUUCUACUUCUCUUUGGUGUACGAGGAGGGUAAUGGGGAGGACGGGGGUUGUCUGAACAGAAAGGGUGCAGUGAAAUACCAACCUGUUCCAGGCUUCCCCACCUGCUCCUUCACCAGCGGGGUGGUCAACUUAUUCCUUGGUCGCACAGAUGCUGUGCGCAAAGUGGGCUUUGACCCCCGGCUGAAGAGAGUGGCGCACUCAGAGUUCUUCAUGGAUGGGUUGGGCAGUUUGCUGGUUGCCAGCUGUAGUCAUGUCAGCAUCGACCACCAACCCAGAAUUGAAAACGCAAAGUACUCGUCGUUCCGAAAUCAAAAAUCAAAAGACGCAGAAGACAAACUAGCCCACCACUUCUUCAAGAACCACCUGAAAUGUGUCCGUUAUGGAUAGUCUGGACCACAAUGACAAAACCAUUGAUGCCAUUCUUUGUGAUGCACCUGAUUGUUUUAAUGGUGUGAUUGAUAUGAGUGAAAGCCAUAUGGGUUACAUUUUCCAACCGGAUGAUUCAACAGUGAAGAUUUUCACACACAACUGCCUCAACACUCCUUUUUUAGCCAAAAACCUGGAGUUUUUCUCCUUCAUUUCGCAUGAGAGAAUGGCUUAAGAUAAGACUUUUGCUCUGUCAGAUCGAACAGGCCCAGGAAUGAAAUAGCUCUUCCUCUGGACCUCUGUCUCUACCCCCCCAAA